CUUUAGAGAAUUCAAGAGCCGCGGUGACAAAUGGGCAUUCCGCACGCGACCAGACAGGCACACCCGAGCUGGGCUCCCCGCAGCCCGCCGGCGGGUCCAGCUGCCCAGCCCUCAGCCAGCUCUCCCGAGUGGAUCCCCCCGGGACGCGCCGGGGGCCGGGCGUCUCGGACCCAAGAACUUUCCCGUCCUUCUCCGGGUGGGGGGUGAUUAGGGGAAGGGUGGGAGUCUCCAGGGAGCUCCGUCACCAUCCGUGGCGGGCGACCCUUCCCAGGUCCAUCCUUGAGCCUCAGGCGCCUCGCGGAAGCGGCUGGGAGCUAGUGCCAGGCGGCAGCGCGGGGCUGGGCCGAGCUGGAGGAACAAAGGGAGCCAGCGGGCCCGGAGGAUGCUGCGCUCCCCGACGCCCCACCCAGCCGGCUGGAGGGCGCUGCCUGGCGCGCAGGCUCUUCCCACGUCCCAGUGCUUCUGAACACCGAGGUGCUGACCCCAGAGACCUGCCAUGAAACCACACUUGAAGCAAUGGCGACAACGAAUGCUCUUUGGAAUAUUUGCGUGGGGGCUACUCUUUUUGGUGAUUUUCAUCUACUUCACUGACAGCAACCCUGCUGAGCCAGUGCCCAGCACCUUCCCCUUCCUCGAGACCCGAGGGCUGCUGCCCAUCCAGGGCAAGCAGCGGGUCAUCAUGGGCGCCAUGCACGAGCCCUCCUCGCCCAGGAGUUUGGAUGCAGACAAGGUGCUGCCAGGUGGAGACCCUGCUGCCUCCUUUCACACAGGUCCAGUGGACCCGCAGAAAUGGGCUCAGGCCCAAGACGGGUUUGAAAAUGAAGAGUUCUUUCCAUCGCAGGUGGGGAGGAAGUCCCAAAGUGCUUUCUACCCGGAGGACGACGACUACUUUUUUGCUGCGGGUCAGCCAGGGUGGCCCAGCCACACGCAGGGGACAUGGGGAUUCCCCUCCCCCGGGGAGUCGUCGCAGCAGGAGACCGUCCAGAGGAGACUUCCGAAGAAGAGGCACCGGCGGCAGGGGAAAGGCCCCGCGUGGGAGGAGCGCGAGGCUGGCGACAGGCUGUACGCCUCCAUGUCCAGGGCUUUCCUGUACCGCCUUUGGAAGGGGACUGUCUCCUCCAAAAUGCUGAACCCGCGCCUGCAGAAGGCCAUGCGGGAUUACCUGGCCGCCAACAAGCACGGCGUGCGCUUCCGCGGGCGGCGGGAGGCGCGGCGGAGCAGGGCCGAGCUGCUGUGCGCGCUGCGCCGCGUGCGCGUGCGGACCCUGGACGGCACCGAGGCGCCCUUCUCGGCCUUGGGCUGGCGGCAGCUGGUGCCCGCGGUGCCCCUGGGCCAGCUGCACCCCCGCGGCCUGCACAGCUGUGCCGUGGUCAUGUCCGCGGGCGCCAUCCUCAACUCCUCGUUGGGGGAGGAAAUAGAUUCUCAUGAUGCAGUUUUGAGAUUUAAUUCUGCUCCUACACGUGGUUAUGAGAGAGAUGUUGGAAAUAAAACCACUGUGCGCAUCAUUAACUCCCAGAUUCUGACCAACCCCAGUCAUAACUUCAUUGAAAGUUCUUUGUAUAAAGACGUCAUUUUGGUGGCCUGGGACCCAGCUCCUUAUUCUGCAAAUCUUAACCUGUGGUACAAGAAGCCAGAUUACAACCUAUUCACGCCAUAUAUUCAACACCGUCAGAGAAAUCCAACGCAACCAUUUUACAUACUUCAUCCUAAAUUUAUAUGGCAGCUUUGGGACAUUAUCCAGGAGAAUACCAAGGAGAAGAUUCAGCCAAACCCUCCAUCUUCUGGUUUCAUUGGUAUGUGUAUAUUAAAAAUUGUAAUAAUUGAGCAGGACCUCGUAUUUAAUAAACAUAGUCAGGUUAUAUAGUAGAGCAAUUAACAGGUGUAUUUAGAGAUUAGGCCAAGGAAAUGAGAAAUACUCUUUUCCAGUUAUCUAUUAC